AUGGACGCCGCCAUUCAUCUAAUAGACAUUGUCCCUGCCGCUCAGAACAACAUAACCACAACGUUCAUAUUGUUGGAGAAGAGCAGAAUUAAGAUGAAAGGGGAGAGCAAGACGUGCCGUGCGCUGGUAGCUGAUGAGACUGCGGCCGUGCACUUAGAGCUAUGGGGCGAGGACUGCGAUGCUUUUGACGCGGGAGACAUUAUCAGAUUGGAGAAGGGGAUCUUCUCCAACAGCGGGGACAACAACAAGAUGAAUCUGAGGGCAGGGAGGAGGGGAAGGAUAAAGAAGAUGGGGGAAUUCACGAUGGCGUUUGUGGAGACGCCCAACAUGAGUGAACUUCAAUGGGUGGUUGAUCCCAACAAUCCGAAAAAGUACAUCCAGCAAGCUGUUCUGUCUCCCCAUUCGCAAGUAUUCCCUCCUCUGCCUUAG